GCAUCGCCCAGCGCUGGACGCCCCCGACAAGAGCCCCCCGAAACCCGCGCCAAAUCCGCACAGCAUGCUUCCACGCUUCAGGUAGCAAUAACUUUGCGUGGCGACGGCAUACAGAAGCCCAGCAUGGUGGAACUGUCGCCCGGCGCAAGCGUCGCUCUCGGAGUCAUUGUUGGGCUCGUCUCGACCAGUGUCCAGAGCAUCGGCUUGACCCUCCAGCGCAAAUCCCACCUCCUCGAAGAAGAGAAAGAGGACGACUAUGAGCGGAGACCCCCCUACAAGCGGCGGAGAUGGCAGCUUGGCAUGUUCAUGUUUCUCGUCGCGAACAUCGUGGGGAGUACAAUCCAGAUCACAACACUACCCCUGCCAGUUCUCUCCACGCUCCAGGCAUCUGGUCUCGUCUUCAACUCCAUCUGCGCCUCCAUCAUCUUGAGUGAGCCCUUCACCCCUUACUCCCUCGUCGGAACUAUGCUUGUCGCUGUAGGUGCGGUUCUAAUUGGCAUAUUUGGAGCUCUCACCGAACCAUCGCAUAACUUGGAUCAAUUGCUGGAGCUUCUUGGCAGGCGUCAAUUCAUCCUGUGGAUGCUUGGAACCGCUGUUAUGGUGCUGUUGUUCAUCGUCGCUAAUUGGGUCCUCAAACGCAUCUAUCACCGUCCCACGCCGCGACAGCGCCUUCUCCGAGGCUUGUUCUUUGGCUGUGUGAGCGGAAUCCUCUCCGCGCAUUCCCUCCUCAUCGCCAAGAGUGCCGUCGAGCUUCUAGUUCGUACCAUCGUGGAUCGCCACAAUGAGUUCAAUCGAUGGCAGUCAUGGAUGAUCCUCCUCGGCCUUGUAUUCUUCGCCCUAUCGCAGCUUUACUUCAUGCAUCGCGGCCUCAAACUAUGCAGCACCAGCGUUUUAUAUCCCCUCGUUUUCUGCGUCUACAACAUCAUCGCCAUCAUAGACGGCUUGAUUUACUUCCAUCAGUCCUCGAGGCUUCCAGUCUUACAUGCCGGACUAAUCGCUCUUGGCACCGUAAUUCUUCUCGCAGGGGUAGUUGCACUGAGUUGGCGAUUAGAAGAACACGUCGAACAACCCCCCUCGCCGGUCAUCGGCAAACAUAAAGGGCGCGUGCCCACGCCAUCGACCGUGCUAACGCCAGGCAUGGGACUUGUCCACGGUGUGCUAGACGAAGAACCUGAAUAUCCCGUAGACAUAGAAGAACAGCAACCCGGAGCGCAUGGCUCCAUUGCCGAGCAGCGCAAACGCCACGGCAUUGACGAAAGGACCCCCCUCCUAGCUCGUGCUCCUACAGCGCCAGGCCUAACCCCAAAGUCGAAGAAACGCCCAUCAAUCGACACCCAUGGCAGACUUAGUCCAAAUCUAAGUCCCUCUCCACGCCGACCCCCGCGUAGGCGCCGCAUGACUGUCUCAGAGGAGACAAACGAGAUCUGGGAUGAACUUAAUGAUCGUGAAUACGUCAGAUCACCAGCGAGACGUUCUGCUGAUCUAGAGCGCAGACCUCGCUCAGGGACUUUACCUACCCGCCGAAAGAACUCAACGUGGCUGACUCAAGUGCGAAGACGGUCCUGGUGGGAAGGAAUGGGCGUUGGCAGCUUACGAAGCAGUGUUUCGCAGGGCAAAAGACCUGCACAUGGCUCUGGCGCCUUUCUUGGAGACCAUCCUGAUCCGGAAGAUGGCUCUCAAUCUGACCCUGACGCAGUAUUGAACUCUCAGCCUAGGCGAAGGCGUGGUACAUGGGGUUUCGGCGAUUUAGGGAGUCGAACGAAUCAGGAUGUGCUGGGUGAUUGGUUUAAGCUGAAGUGGUGGCGGAAGAGAUGGAGAGAAGGAGAUGAAGAUGAUUCUGGCGGGGACGGGGGAACAUGAUAUCGCAUUGCAUUAACAUUGUAAGAAUUAUAUACGUGAAGCACGCUUAGGCUUUCCUUCUCGUGACCCCUAGCAUAUACUUAUGAUCUAGCCCAAACGGGUUAGGUUGUUUUAGGUAAGCCCAGACCAGGCAUCAGC